CAUUCACACUAUCUUUAAGAUAGUAAGUGGGUUUACGAUAGUAUUUUGAACCCAUUUUUAAUUUUUAUUCAAUCAUACCUGUUAUUACUAGCUACAAAUUUUGUAAAUAUAUCAUUUAAAAAAUAUCGGACUUGCUGUGUGUGUCUGUAUGGCAAUGUUGCCUCUUCCUUCUAGUUUAACCCGUAAUCUUCUACAAGUUGUUUCCGUGCGUUUAAUAAACGAGUUAUGAACACGUUGCUUGAACGUGAUAACAUUUCAAAACUUGUAUACGAUAGAAACUUUUGUAUGAUAGAUAAUUUAGGAGAUGGCUUCUAGUAGUUUGCGAAUGUCAUUCGAUGGGCAUUUCGAAGAAUCUGAUCAGGAUGCCAAUACUGCCCUAUUAGAACUGGACAAAGGGUUACGUUCAGUGAUUAUCGGUAAGCAAUGUGAGGCCAUCGCCUGUUUUCCUAAACUUUUUGAGAAGUACCCAUAUCCUAUACUGAUUAAUUCUGCUUUACUUAAGCUGGCUGAAGUCUUCAGUACAGGUAAAAAUUUACCACGACUAUGUGUAUUCAACGUCUUCCAGCAAAGUGGGAAACACUUGGAGAAGAUAUUCAAUGUGGAUGAAUUUGUCAAACGAAUACUCACAGUUAUUCACUCCAAUGAUCCAAUUGCAAGAUCCAUAACACUGAGGACUUUAGGGAGCAUGGCAGUUAUCAUUUCUGAUCGUAAACCUGUGCAUCACACAAUUCGCGACAGUCUGGACUCGCAUGAUAAUGUUGAGUUAAUGGCAGCAAUUUAUGCUGCAUCCAAGUUUGCGGCUCAAUCCCAAAUGUUUUCUUUCAGCAUGUUCAGAAAAAUUGCAGAAAUGAUUCAGAGCCUGGAAACACCUGUAAAUAUCAAACUUAAACUCAUCCCUAUUUUGCAGUAUAUGCACCAUGAUUCUCAAACUGCCGCCAUGGUCCGACAAUUGUGCUCACAACUUCUGCUUAACUUCCCGUCCAAAAAUUUCGUUUGUGUAAUCCUACACACACUGACACUGCUGGCUAGCGAGACUCUUGUCGAGAUACCUCAACAGCUACUCCUGCUGCUCGAAUAUUUGUCCGACUCAAGGUGGAGUGUUCAGGCUCAAGUUUUAUCCGACUUGAAAAUUUUGGCUGAAAAAAGUCCCCAUCUGUGGACUACGGCGAACGUGGGUGGCCUGAUUGAUAAAUUGUUGGAUCAACAUUCUCAGCAGCACUUUGAAUUGCAGAAAAGGGUACUGCACAUUCUAAUCACGCUAUCUAUGGCUGAAACUGCAAAUUGUUUUACUUUUGAGGAUGAUGGAAAAUUGCCCUUAAUUUGGAAUCAGUGUUGCUACAGCUGUGACCUAUCAGUUGCUGCCAAAGCAGUUCAGUUACUUGUACAACUUGUAGUUAUGUCAAGCAAACAAGAUUAUUUGUCUUCUGCAAUGCCCGAUUUAAGCCAAGAUGCUGCACUAGCUGUCGAAUCACUCUUAUCGGGUCUCUUCCAUGCGGAAAAACGAGAACUCAAGAUUGUCUUGGCAUCAGCUGUUCAGCUGAGUCGUGUGGCCGGAUCAGAAAUCAGUACCGACAUUGUCAAUUGCCUGAUGCGUCUUUUACUGCAAUCAACCGGUUCCACGUUAGUCCUGCUAUGUCAGGCUCUGGCUGCUAUCGGAGACACUCAAUCGUCCGCCAUUGUUCCAGCAGUAGCUGAUAUAAUUUCAAUGCUCAAGAAACUCACCGUACAAAGUGAUCAAGGAACCGCCAUUUCUUUGUUGUACAUUGCUAUAUUUCAAGUACACGUCAACUUCAGCUGGUCUCAACAAGCCAACGAGGUAGUCAACAAAACCAUCUGCAGGGUCGACUUGUGGGUAGCUUUCCGCAUCGCUCGCUCUGCCACACGAUACGGCCAUCAUUCGGUUGCCCAUAAAAUUUUGGAUCGCAUGGUGAAACGAGUUCCAGCGUUAAAUCUCUCUUUCUGGAUUCAGGGAUUGUGUGAUCUUUCUUUGGCUGAAUCACAUCUUAGCGAUGUAGCCAUUAGUUUGUCACGUCGGUUGGAAUUGUCCAUGAAUUGCUACCUGCUAGGACUAUCAAAAUUGAAAAAUGUCACAAAUCCGUCGCGGGCUCUUACAUUUCAAGCUGAAUUUAGCAGACAACGAAUUGAAUUCCUUUCGUCGUGCCUUCAACUCAUUCAGGCUUGCCGAAUUCUUCAACUGAUUCCUCUGCCACUUCCUGCUCAAAUUGUAGCCGUUCCCACUCGUGAUGAACUUAUGCGUUUCGCUCGAAUCACUGUUCAAUUAAAGAAGUUGGUCGUUCAGCUUCGCCAGGCGGGCGAUGCCAUGUCUAAACUCAGACAGAGCGCUUUCGAUGCCGAUCAAGAAAGCCUCGUCAACUUGCAAGUUCAACAGCAAAUGGUCUUGAUUUUGGCUCAGACGGUUGAAUCCACCUGUCUUAGUGCGUCGCAGCAAGAUGAUGUUUCAGUCGAAGACAGUUUUCUUAUGAUCAGCAAGAUUGUGCAAGCAACGGAACACGUCGCUGUGCGUAACAUGGCUAGUCGGUGCGCUGAAUCUGUUGAUCUCGUCCGACGAUUCUGGAAUGUUAACACUGAUUUGAAAGAGAUCAACCAUUUAAAUGUUGGAUGUAUCAUGGAUUGCUUGAAACUGCUAAUCGAAACACCUCUUUGUUUUCCGCGAUUCCUAUUCCAGACACUGCAGACCACUUCUAUUAAGUUAGCGGUGAGCCCUCAGCCGAGAGUUGAUGGAGAGGCAAUAACAACAACCAUGAACUCGCAGUUGGCUGUUAAAGUGGAAGGUGUUGUUCAGGUAACUUGCAGUCACCAAUCUUCUGGCCGGAGUGUACGUGCUGUUCAAGUGACAAUUCAGUCGAAUCCUGCUCACCCCAUUGGGCUGUGUGGCAAGGCAACCGAGUCGAGUACGAUUAUGAAAACAACAGUGGAGCCCCAUAAUGAUUAUUUCUCCACUCAGUUUCUGCUGUCAUUCACCUCCGCUGGCCUGCACGACGUACUAAUAAAAACGGCUCUGGUGGACACAUUUGAUGCGCUGUGUGAUUACGGGCAAUCGUCUCUUAAAAUCAAGGAUACUGUGAGACUGUUUCAAAAAUCCAAGAAAUGAAUCGCAGCCAUAACCUUUAUUAUGACAGAACCAAAAUCCAACACAAA